AUGGGACUGAAUAACGAGCCGGUCAUUUUGGAGGAGGCGGAGGUCAAGGAUCAGAAGGGAAAUGUCAUUUCAACUGAAGUCCUUAAAGAUUUGGUGGCAAAAGCCAAGCUCAACCUAGAAAAAUCUUACUGUAGCUACUCCAAGUUCCAUGUUGGCGCCAGCCUUCUCACAGUCCACGGUCAAUUCGAUGGCGUCAAUGUAGAAAAUGCUUCUUACGGAUUAACGAUCUGUGCUGAGCGCUCGGCCAUGUGUUCUGCCAUUUCCCAGUUUGGAAAGCACGAAUUCAGAGCUAUUGCCAUUGCAACAACGAGUCCAAAAGACGACUGGCCUUCUCCCUGUGGCGCUUGCAGACAAUUUCUCGUCGAAUUCGGCGAUUUUCCGGUGAUUCUUUCAAACAACUUCAACGAAAAAGUGAAAAUUAUCAAAACAAAAGAGCUUCUUCCGAACUGCUUCUGCCCCGACGACAUGUAA